GACCUUCCCGGUUGAGCUGCUCCAUUGUACCCCGCCCCUCACCCCAGACAUGUUGGUCCUGCAGCAUCCUUAAGGGAUAGCCAGGGGGAAGCUGCUCCAGGGAUGAUUCCCACGCUAAUUCCUCUGCCCCUUCAAAGACCGAGAGCUCUCAGCAGCAGCGUCAUUCACAUGCCGAGCAUUUGAGCAGAUCUAAAAAGGCCCUACGAGUCCCUGUCUUCUUUUCCUUCCUUUAUUUUAUUUUCCUAGUGGCAUAGGACCCGGCACAUGUGACGAGCCAACAUGUCAGAGUGGGAGUCCUACUACAAGACCGAUGGCGACGAAGACGAAGAGGAGGAGCAGAGCCCUGACGCAGGUGGAGAGUAUAAAUAUUCAGGAAGAGACAGUUUGAUUUUUCUGGUUGAUGCCUCCAGGCCCAUGUUUGAAUCUCAGGGUGAAGAUGAAAUCACACCUUUUGAUAUGAGCAUUCAGUGUAUCCAGAGCGUGUACACCAGUAAGAUCAUAAGCAGCGAUCGGGAUCUCUUGGCAGUGGUGUUCUACGGAACCGAGAAGGACAAAAAUUCAGUGAACUUCAAAAACAUUUAUGUCUUACAAGAUUUGGAUAACCCAGGUGCGAAGCGAGUGCUGGAGCUUGACCGGUUCAAGGGACAGCAGGGAAAGAAACAUUUCCAAGACACAAUUGGCCAUGCAUCGGAUUACUCUCUGAGCGAAGUGCUCUGGGUCUGUGCCAACCUCUUUAGCGACGUCCAGGUCAAGAUGAGUCAUAAGAGGAUCAUGCUGUUCACCAAUGAAGACGACCCCCAUGGCAAUGACAGUGCCAAGGCCAGCCGGGCCAGGACCAAAGCCAAUGAUCUCCAUGACACUGGGAUCUUCAUUGACUUGAUGCACCUGAAGAAGCAAGGGGGCUUUCGCAUAUCCUUGUUCUACAGAGACAUCAUCAGCAUCGCUGAGGAUGAGGACCUCGGGGUUCACUUUGAGGAGUCAAGCAAGCUGGAAGAUCUGCUGAGGAAGGUCCGAGCCAAGGAGACCAAAAAGCGAGCGCUGGCCAGGUUGAAGUUUAAGCUCGGUAAAGACAUAGUGCUCAUGGUGGGCAUUUAUAACUUGAUCCAGAAAGCUACCAAGCCUUUUCCCGUGAGGCUCUAUCGAGAAACCAAUGAACCAGUGAAAACCAAGACGAGGACUUUUAAUGUGAACACAGGCAGUCUGCUCCUGCCUAGUGAUACCAAGCGGUCUCUGACCUAUGGGAGUCGCCAGAUUGUGCUAGAGAAAGAGGAGACGGAGGAGCUGAAGCGGUUUGAUGAGCCAGGUUUGAUUCUCGUGGGCUUUAAGCCCAUGGUAAUGUUGAAGAGGCACCACUACCUGAGGCCCUCCCUGUUCGUGUACCCAGAGGAGGCCCUGGUGAACGGGAGCUCCACCUUGUUCAGUGCUCUGCUCACCAAGUGUGUGGAGAAGGAGGUCAUGGCGGUAUGUAGAUACACAGCCCGAAAGAACACCCCCCCUUAUUUUGUGGCUUUGGUGCCACAGGAAGAGGAGCUAGAUGAUCAGAAUAUCCAGCUCACUCCAGCAGGCUUCCAGCUUGUCUUCCUCCCCUAUGCUGACGACAAGCGGAAGGUGCCCUUUACUGAGAAAGUGAUGGCCAACCCCAAGCAGAUAGACAAGAUGAAGGCUAUUGUUCAUAAGCUCCGCUUCACGUACAGGAGUGACAGUUUUGAGAACCCAGUGCUGCAGCAGCAUUUCCGGAACCUGGAAGCCCUGGCUCUGGAUAUGAUGGAGUCUGAGCAAGUCGUAGAUCUGACACUGCCCAAGGCUGAAGCCAUAAAGAAAAGACUGGGCUCCCUGGCAGCUGAGUUCAAAGAGCUUGUCUACCCACCGGGGUAUGAUCCCGAGGGAACAGUUUCCAAGAGAAAACAAGAUGAUGAAGGUUCUACAAAUAAAAAGCCCAAGGUGGAGUUAUCAGAAGAAGAGCUGAAGGCCCAUGUUGUCAAGGGCACGCUGGGCAAGCUCACUGUGCCUAUGCUGAAGGAGGCCUGCAAGGCCUGUGGGCUCAAGAGUGGAUCAAAGAAGCAGGAACUGCUAGAUGCUCUCAUCAGACACUUUGAGAAGAACUGAAGAUCACACACCCAGACACUUUCCACACCACAGCCAGGCCACCUGCUUGUGUUCUUACCAGGGCAGCAGGGGUUUCUCAGCUAUGAAGAGCUGCCUGACAGAAAUGCAAUGGCCUCACCGUGGAGACUGAAGCCCUCCCACCUCACUGUGCCUUACUAGCGUGAAUAAAGAGCUCAAACUAUA